UCUACUGUCACUGUCAGUUUAAUGAUCUAGUCCGGAAUUCCAGAAUUUACCACAUGUUUUUAAAAACAUGCGAAUAUAAAAUUCUUUCUUUGUUUCCCUGUUUCUAUUGUUUACAUAUUUAUGAUAACAAUAACGUAUUAUCUCACCAAUAAACUCUGAUGAAUUAAUUAAAACAUGACACCAGAAAACGAAAGUAGUGAUGAAAAUCAAAAUUCAGAAGAACAAGAAUCACAACCAGAGAUUGAAAAAGAUAAAAAUGAAGAGGAAACUGUAACUUUUAAGGAUUUGGGAGUGGUAGACGUUCUGUGUGAAGCUUGCGAAGAAUUGAAAUGGAAACAACCAUCAAAAAUCCAAAAGGAAGCAAUACCAUUAGCCUUACAGGGAAAAGAUAUUAUUGGCUUAGCAGAGACAGGGUCGGGGAAAACAGGAGCAUUUGCAUUACCGAUUCUACAAGCGCUAUUAGAGAACCCACAGAGAUACUUUGCUCUCAUCCUGACACCGACCAGAGAGCUAGCAUUCCAGAUAUCAGAACAAUUUGAAGCUCUUGGAGCGAGCAUAGGAGUGAAAUGUGCAGUCAUAGUGGGAGGCAUGGAUAUGGUGGCACAGGCUCUCAUGUUGUCAAAAAAGCCCCACAUCAUCAUCGCCACCCCGGGACGAUUGGUGGACCACCUUGAGAACACAAAGGGCUUCAAUUUGAAAGCGCUCAAAUAUCUGGUGAUGGAUGAAGCAGACCGUAUCCUCAAUAUGGACUUCGAGGUGGAAGUGGACAAGAUCCUACGCGUGAUACCACGCGAGCGACGCACGUACCUGUUCUCUGCCACCAUGACAAAGAAAGUACAGAAACUCCAGCGGGCGUCCCUCCAGGACCCCGUGAAAGUUGAAGUAUCCACGAAAUAUCAAACGGUGGAUAAACUUCAGCAGUACUACAUUUUUAUACCUGUCAAAUAUAAGGACGUAUAUCUCGUGCACAUUCUGAACGAGAUGUCGGGCAACUCGUUUAUCGUGUUCGUGGCGACGUGCGCGAAUGCUCUACGAUGCGCGCUGCUGCUGCGGCAGCUGGGGCUGCCGGCGGUGCCGCUGCACGGCCAGAUGUCGCAGAACAAGCGGCUCGCUGCACUCAACAAGUUCAAGAACAAGAGCAGAUCCGUACUGAUUUGCACUGAUGUCGCUUCCAGAGGUCUAGAUAUCCCACACGUGGACGUUGUGAUCAACCUGGACAUCCCAUUACACAGUAAGGACUACAUUCACCGCGUUGGCAGGACGGCGCGCGCUGGCCGCGCCGGCAAGUCCAUCACGUUCGUGUCGCAGUACGACGUGGAGCUGUACCAGCGGAUCGAGCAGCUAAUCGGCAAGCAGCUGCCGCUGUACAAGACGGACGAGAGCGAGGUGAUGGUGCUGCAGGAGCGCGUCGCUGAAGCGCAGCGGCUCACUAACAUUGAAAUGAAAGAGCUAACGGAUAAAAAGAAUAUGAAGGGCAAGAAACGAGGCGGCGGCGGAGACUCCGAGGACGACACGGAGGAAGCGGCCGGCGUGCGGCGCCGCAUCAAGGGCAAGCCGAACAAACACGCCGCCAAGAAGAGAAAGCGUUAAUAUAAUGGUCAAAUUAAAA